AUGUGUGACCACCGGCUCCCCUCUGAUUCCAGCAGCAUCGGCCUCUUUCUAAAUGGUUUUUUGCAGGACCCCCGCAUGUAUGAUCAGGUCUAUAGGUAUUUAGACCUUCCAGGGCAGCUGAAGGCCAUAGAUCGGCCUUACGAACCGGAGAAGGUGCCGCGAGCGCCACACGACCGGAAGAAGGAGUGGCAGAAGCUGGCGCUGGGGGCGGAGCUGGCCCAGAACGUCCUGGACGACAGACACAGAGAGGCCAACGGCUCCGCAGGUUUCCACGACAACAGGACGUGUCGCUGUGAGCGUAUUCAGACCAUGACGGCUUGA